AUGUCACCACUGCAUAAUAAAAAGCUGGCUCUAAGUUCCCACCAUGGAAAGCCGACCCCUCUGAACUUAAGCACAAACAGCGAACGGCAUAAUGGGAAACGAAAGGCGAUUCGAUCGUUUAGGAGUUCUCGAAGCGACACUUGCCCAGAUUGUAAAGAAAAAGGAAUAAUAAUUUGUGACAAUAGUGAAGGUACACAAGUAUGCAAUAAUUGUGGACUUGUGGUAGAAAGCCGUAUCUUAUCAGAAGAACAAGAAUGGCGAAAUUUUCAAAAUGAUGGGCAACAUAAGUCUAAUGAUAGAAACAGAGUUGGUGAGGUUAGUGAUAUAUGGUUUGAAAAUAAUUUCACGAGCACCACUUUUAUUAGGUCAAGUAAAAAAUUGCAACACUUGAAUAUGAUGACUCAAAUUAAUAAAAGUGACCAGAUACUUUUAUCUGCCUUUAACAUUUUGAAGUUGAUUUGUGAAAAUUUUUUUCUCCGUAGUAAUGUGAUUGAGCGGGCUAAGGAGAUAACCAAAGAAUUGCAGGAAAUGGAGCAGCUGAAAAACCGAAUCAACAAUCUGAACAUGCUAGCCGUGGUGUACCUAGCAUGCAGAGAAGCAGGUCAUAUCAAAAGCAUCAAAGAGUUAAUAACAUUCGACAGAUCGUAUAAAGAAACUGAUUUAGGAAAAACAAUAAAUAAAUUAAAAAAAAUACUUCCAUCAAGAGCUUUUGUAUAUAAUGAAAACAUUUCUCAUUUAAUAUUUACCUUGUCGAAUAGACUACAAUUGUCCAUAGAUGUAAUAGAGGCAAUUGAAUAUGUAGUAAAAAAAGCUACCACAUUAAUAACGACAUCUCAUCGAUUAAAUUCCUUGUGUGGUGGCUCGAUUCAUUUAAUAGUUGAAUUAAAUACAACUGAUGAAAAAAAUUUGAAACUUCCCAACAUUUCACAAAUUGCAACUGUUUGUGGUGUUACAACGAAUACUUUAAAAACAACCUUUAAGGAAUUAUUGAAUGCAGCUGAUUAUAUUUUACCACCAUAUUAUUUGACAGGAAAUAAUUCUAAAUUGGGCAUGCUGAAGGAAAAGUAUUUGAGUGAUGACAGACGCAGAAAGGCAAAGUCAUAA